GAUCCUUUUCGUCGUCGGAGAUGGAAACGCGAGGCCUCUCGUAGGGAACGCGUUUCCCCACCGAGCUCCGGCGAGGGAUGGGGGGCAUGGCGUCGGCGUUGGCGGCGAGGUUCGCUUUCUUCCCGCCGACGCCACCUUCGUACCGUGUGGACGCGUCGGUUGGGAGGCUCACGCUCGAGGGGAUGCCGGGAAGGGUGGGAAACGCGGAGGUUAGGAUUCUGGAAACGAGGAGGGGAAACGAGAUCGUCGCCGUGUAUGUCCGGCACGCGUCGGCGAAGCUCACGGUGUUGUAUUCCCAUGGCAACGCCGCGGAUCUUGGCCAGCUCUCCGAGCUCUUCGCCGAGCUCAGCACGCACCUUCGCGUCAAUCUUAUGGGAUAUGAUUAUUCUGGUUAUGGGAGGUCUUCUGGAAAGCCAAGUGAACAGAAUACUUAUGCAGAUAUAGAGGCUGCUUAUAAAUGUUUAUUGGAGACUUAUGGUGCUCAUGAAGAAGAUAUCAUUUUAUAUGGACAAUCAGUUGGAAGUGGCCCGACUUUGGAUUUAGCUAUGAGAUUGCCUUGCUUAAGGGCCGUUGUUCUACAUAGCCCCAUCUUGUCUGGACUGCGUGUCAUGUAUCCUUUGAAGCACACUUACUGGUUUGACAUAUACAAGAAUAUAGACAAAAUUCCGCAGGUUCAAUGCCCAGUGUUAGUUAUUCAUGGGACAGAGGAUGAUGUAGUUGAUUUCUCUCACGGCAAGAAGCUAUGGGAGUUAAGCAAAGAGAAAUAUGAGCCUUUAUGGGUUAAAGGUGGGAACCACUGUGAUUUGGAACUCUUCCCAGAAUACAUAAGGCACCUUAAGAAGUUCAUAUCCGCCAUGGAGCAAUCACCUGCCACUCGAAAUGAAUCUACAAAAAGCUCUGAUCCCUCUGAUUCACCUAGGCCAAGCAUUGGUUGUUUCGAAAUUUCAAGAAAAAGUACAGAUCAAGGAAGUAAGUCAACACCAAUGACUGACAAUAAGGAGAAGCAUAGGCAUAGCACAGAUCAAAGAGAGAAGCCAAUAGACAGCACAGAAAAGAAGGAAAAGCCGAGGAAGAGCCUUGACAAUUCAGACAAGAAGAGCAACCAUAUGGACAACCACGAGAAGCCAAGAAAUAGCAUUGAUCGGUUUGGAGAAAUCAUGCGGUCAGUCAGCUUGUGCAAUAUCAACUGCUUCAGACCUACAGCUCGAGGAUUUGAGGGGUAGAAACUAGAAAGGUCAGUGUUUGCAGCAUGUUGUAACUGAUUAUUCUUUUAAUUGAUCUGUCGCGUGGUUUGUCAUUGUGAUAAUGAAAAACAGUAUAGAUCAAUCUAACCGGAACUUCAAAGUUU